UUUCCUGUCUGGCAUAUACCUGCGAACAUGCUAGUGCCUCUGGCUGGCAUAUGCUUUCCAGGGUUUGAACUUUGAAUGCUUUACUUGGAAAAAGGCUUGAGCCUUUUGCAGGCUUCCCUUGUGCUGCUUUUGCGCCUUCUGGUUGCAGGCACAUGUGUUUUCUCUGGGUAAAAUCUUCAGGUGUCUGAAGAAUAGCUUGAAGGUUCAUAGGAACUUUUGUUUCUUGGAAGAUGUACAGGGCUAAGAGAGCUGCAUUAUCACCAAAGGUGAAGCGCCGUGUUGGGAAGUAUGAGCUCGGACGGACCAUUGGGGAAGGAACCUUCGCGAAGGUCCGGUUUGCGAAGAACACUGAAAAUGGGGAACCUGUUGCCAUCAAAAUCCUUGACAAGGAGAAGGUUCAGAAGCACAGAUUGGUUGAACAGAUUAGACGUGAAAUAUGUACCAUGAAGUUAGUAAAGCAUCCUAAUGUUGUUCGACUGUAUGAGGUGAUGGGAAGUAAAGCAAGAAUUUUCAUUGUUCUGGAAUAUGUUACUGGUGGAGAGCUUUUUGAAAUCAUUGCUACUAGUGGGAGGUUGAAGGAGGAUGAAGCACGCAGAUACUUUCAGCAACUGAUCAAUGCAGUUGAUUAUUGCCACAGUAGGGGAGUGUAUCACAGAGACUUGAAGUUAGAGAAUUUGUUGCUUGAUGGUGCUGGAAAUCUCAAAGUAUCUGACUUUGGUUUAAGUGCUUUAACUGAGCAAGUGAAGGCUGACGGUCUGCUUCACACGACAUGUGGAACUCCCAACUAUGUCGCUCCUGAGGUGAUCGAGGAUGGAGGCUAUGAUGGUGCAACAGCAGAUAUCUGGUCUUGUGGAGUAAUCCUCUUUGUUCUUCUUGCCGGGUAUUUACCUUUUGAGGAUGAAAACAUCAUCGCCCUAUAUAAAAAGAUCUCAGAAGCUCAGUUUACCUGUCCCUCUUGGUUUUCCGCUGGAGCUAAGAAACUGGUUACCAGAAUUCUUGAUCCCAAUCCUACAACUCGGAUCACCAUUCCUCAGAUACUGGAGGAUCCUUGGUUCAGAAAGGGAUACAAGCCGCCUGUAUUUGACGAGAAAUAUGAAACUAGCUUGGAUGAUGUCGACGCUGCUUUUGGUGACUCAGAAGACAAGCAUGUGAAAGAGGAAACUGAAGAUCAGCCAACCUCAAUGAAUGCAUUUGAACUGAUUUCACUGAACCAGGCACUGAAUCUGGACAAUUUGUUUGAGACAAAGAAGGAGUAUAAGAGAGAGACAAGAUUCACCUCACAAUGUCCUCCAAAAGAAAUCAUUUCAAAGAUCGAAGAAGCUGCAAAACCACUCGGAUUUGACGUUCAGAGGAAAAAUUAUAAGAUGCGGAUGGAGAACCCAAAAGCAGGGAGAAAAGGCAAUCUCAAUGUUGCAACUGAAGUUUUCCAAAUAGCCCCAUCCCUACACGUGGUUGAACUCAAGAAAGCAAAGGGGGAUACUCUGGAGUUCCAAAAGUUCUACAGAACUCUGUCGACCCAGCUGAAGGAUGUCGUGUGGAAGUGCGACGGCGAGGUCGACAGCAACAGCGCGUCGGCGUGAAGCGGCUUCUUCCGAGCUUUCAGAGGCCGGCGCUAGCUUUCCCUGUACAUAGUUCCUCCUCCAGAUGAUGAGUGUUCAUUGCAGAGUCAGUUUUGCAAGCAAGUUCGUUCGUUCGUUCCUUCCUUGAUUGGUUGGCAGAUAAGCUCUGAUGAAAUAACCGCCGUGAAGGCUGUUGUGGAUGAGCUUACUGAUGCGGUUAUUUCGUUCGAUUUAUGGUCUGGAAGCAGAUGGAAUGGGACCCACAAAGCUGUAGUAGUGUUUUAGGGUUGUAAUGGUAUAAUCAGAUGAUGUAUGGGAGUACCUAUUUGUCAGUUCAAUCCCCUCUCUUUAUUCUGGAA